UUGCCGUCUCCCGUGCGUGUCCAGCGCAACUCACAUGUUUCGUGCAGUGAAUCUCACUUGCGGUCAAUUCAGAAUCAUUCACGGAACGUGGAUUGCACGGUCCAGUCGGCAAAAGGUUAUGGAAAAAUUGGAGGAGUCAUCAUCUCCUCCAGCUCAAGGCCACGACGGUCGGAGAAUCUUCAACACCUUCUAAGCUAGCAGAAAGAUACAGACACAGACGCGGAUUCAAGCCGGUAUCUAUAGAAGAAAGACAUCGAGGAGAAACCCUAGUAGUCUCACAGAUCCGCCAUGGCUUCAACCAAAGAGCGUGACAACUUCGUUUACAUCGCCAAGCUCGCCGAACAAGCCGAGCGCUACGACGAAAUGGUGGACGCGAUGAAGAAAGUGGCAAAGCUCGAUAUAGAGUUGACUAUUGAGGAGCGAAAUCUGCUUUCGGUGGGCUACAAGAAUGUGAUAGGUGCUCGGAGGGCUUCUUGGCGAAUCCUGUCGUCGAUCGAGCAAAAGGAGGAGGCCAGAGGUAAUGACCAGAAUGUGAAUCGGAUCAAGGAGUAUAGGCACAAGGUCGAAUCGGAACUGUCGAGCAUUUGCGGUGACGUCAUCAGCGUUAUCGACGAGCAUCUUACUCCUUCGACUUUCGCUGGUGAAUCUUCAGUGUUCUAUUAUAAAAUGAAAGGGGAUUACUAUCGGUAUUUAGCGGAGUUCAAGACUGGCGAUGGGAGAAAAGAAGCUGCUGAUGAGUCACUCAAAGCUUAUCAGACAGCUACUACGGCAGCAGAGGCUGAUCUUUCUCCUACUCAUCCUAUUCGGCUGGGCUUGGCCUUAAACUUCUCUGUCUUCUACUAUGAAAUUAUGAAUUCCCCUGAAAGUGCUUGCCAACUUGCAAAGCAAGCGUUUGAUGAAGCUAUCUCAGAGUUGGAUUCUUUGAGUGAGGAAUCUUAUAAAGACAGUACAUUAAUUAUGCAGCUUCUGAGGGACAACCUCACAUUGUGGACUUCUGACAUUCCAGAGGAUGGAGCAGAAGGUCAGAAGGCUGAUGGUCCUGCUAGACCAGGUGUAGCUGAAGAUGGAGAGUGAACUCAACUGGCUUGGAAUUGGAGAACCAUUACAUUAAUAAUGAGCAGUGGCUGUUUCUUAAUUCGAAGACUAGGAAAUUCAGAUUGUUCCCUUCUUUUUUCCGAUUCUAUUAUAUGGUUCUAUGCUUGGGACUAUAUUGAAUCCAUCCCUGCCCCAAGGAAAAGAAAAGAUGGCAUUCGCAUUCCCAAUCCCCCUUUCCCCUCCUGGUUUCUCUAGGAGGACCUUUUCCUUUUCCUGCUGUUAAUUUAUGCAAUUAUGACAUUAAUUUGAUGAGCAUCUCUGAGGAAUUGUUGUCUUUAUCCUUUCUUCUACAGAAGACAGAAUCCCAGUUGAUAGUGUUGCAAACCUCCCUUAAACUUUUACACCAUUAUUAUAAUUGUAAUAGGAGCCUCUGGCACUGAGCUUAUAUUUCUUUUUAACGGAUU